AUGGAACAAACUUGGGCUUCUUACAUCAAUUCCUUAAAUCAGAACUCCCUGCCCAAACGAGUGGAGGUGACCGAUGGAAACUAUUUUUCAGGGUCACUAGCCCACCUGUCCUUCUCCAAAGGGGAUAUCAUUACGGUGACGGACCUCCAGCCGAUCCACGUUAGGGCAGAAGUGAAGGAUGGGGAGCAGGUUCUGGGCGUGGUCAAUAUACCUCUUGAAUACAAAGGAAACUUCCAGCUGAUUGCAGAUCCAGCUUCGUUUGAAACCGUGGCUGACUUAGUCCGUUCUGUCCGACUGCCCCAGAGUCCCGAGACUCACAGAAGUCCUCCCUGUUUCCAGAACUUAGUUCCCAUCUCCACAGAUGAUUGGCCCCUGAUGGUGAAGAAAAGAGAAAUGCUAUCCUUAAUCGGCCUCGAGGAGAGUCAUGGGAGGAAGCUGCUGCGUUGUGAGGUGAGGAAGACGGACCCUCCCCUGAGGCUGCUCCUGCCCAUGAACUGCAGGGGUCACUUCCAGGAGUGCCCGGAUGACCAGUUCUACUCCAUUGACACCAUCGUGAGGUGGAAGCUGCUUGCAGGGAGGAAACGCAAGGUUCGGAUGGAGGCAGGAUACCGUCUGAGGCUUCUUAACCCCCUGGUUCCGGCACACUUUAGUGGCCAUCUAGUUCUGCACCCCUACUUCUCGGUGAAGGCAUACCUGCCAGGUUCGGUCCAGAUCAGCAUCCCCUCCGAUUUGGACAUCCAUAUCACUGAGAUUAGCCCCUUGGCUUGUAAGCCCUUUGCACUGAUGACAAUGAGAGAAAUAUACGGUAUGGACGCAAACAAAUUCCCAGUGAGAAUCAAAAUAAUGAGUGUGAGCCUGUCGGAGAGCAAGGCGGUCCCAAAGCCUUUGAAGAACGGGCAGCUCUUAACCAUCCUCAGGACGGAAGAGGUGAAAAAGUUUGUUGCCACGGAGAUUUCCGAAGGGAAGAAAGGGAGGUGUUUUCUCAUCCCAUACACCUAUCAGGGCCUGAUACUUAGGGGGGGUCGCUAUUUUAAUGCUGUUUCUGAUGUCGCGGCAGCCAUGCAACAAGGGCAAGUCCUCUUCCAGUCUUCCAGGGACUACACCUCCUGCGUGGAGCCGUUUGCGUCUUUCUCAGCCAACGAGAGCUUCCUGGCUCUGAAGAAGAGUGUGGUGUCUGCGCAGGUCCAGGAUGAGCUACACCGGGUGGAGGUCCUCAAGUGCCUGAACCUCACCACCAAAGCCCACGUCAAGCUGCCCUUGUUUGCAGAAGGAGAGUUCCGGGAGUUGUUUGAGGAUGCUGGACCAGGGACCAUGCAGGAGCUGUGCCAGAUCCCAAAACUGCCGUGCCACGUCAGAGUGGUGGGGCCAGAUCCUUCCAUGGUUAGAGACCCUCUGUAUGGAACAGAGGAGCUGAGGGUUGAAAAUAUUAUCGUGGAGCAAUGCCUCAUAGCCAAAGACGAAACUUUACCAGGGGUCUUGGAUUCUGCAGAAGACAUAUACCGGGACUUGCCAGAAGCCACGUUUGAAAUCCCAAUUGAGAAGUCAAGCUGUGAGGUGUUGGUGAUAGAAGAACGUUUUUGGAGAGCUGAUGUCGGAAAGGAGAGAUGCACGACUCUCCAGACCAUCCAGGAGAUCACUGAGGAGGAGAUGCUCACCUUUAGUAAUUGCCUGAUUGUUCCAUGCCCACCGCCACCCCUUCCAAAGCCCAGAAGUUUGUCUUAA